GUUUGUAGUGGGAGUACUUCCUGUAGACGGCACAAACGUCAAAACAAUUUUGAAUAACUAAUUUCCGACUAAAAUAAGCGAAAAUGUCGCUUGCCGGGUUUAAAAAACAAUUGAAUAAGGCAAACCAGUUUAUGAGUGAGAAGAUAGGAGGGGCCAAGGGAACAGAGCUUGAUGAUGAAUUUUGUGAAAUGGAAAGGAAAAUUGAUGUAAUGGGGAAGCUGGUCGAUGACUUGAUCUCCAAAACUCAUGAAUUUCUUCAGCCUAAUCCUGCUUCCAGAGCAAAACUGUCCGCUAUGGGUUCAUUUCAAAAGAUUCGAGGACAGGCAAAGAGCGCAUUGUACCCACAACCAGAGGGAACGCUGGGAGAACAUAUGCAAAAACAUGGGCAAGAUUUAGGAGAAGAUUCACUUUUUGGUCAGAGUUUGGUAGAUGCAGGAGAAUCAUUUAAAAGACUAGCAGAAGUAAAAUAUUCUUUAGAGGAAAAUGUUAAACAAAAUUUUCUAGAACCGUGGUCACAUCUUUCAACUAAGGAUUUAAAAGAAGUAAAUCAUCAUAGAAAAAAGUUAUCUGGACGAAGAUUAGACUUUGACUGUAAACGAAGGAAAAAGGAAAAAGAGGGUACUCGUGCUGGAGGUUCGGCAAUCACAGAUGAAGAUUUGCGUUUAGCUGAAGAGAAGUUUGAGGAGUCGAAGCAACUUGCGGAAACUGCAAUGUUUAACCUACUGGAGAAUGAUGUUGAGCAAAUAGCACAGUUACAGUCAUUUAUUGAGGCCCAAACAGAGUACCAUCGUCAAGCUCUGGACAUCCUGCAGGACCUCGGUGAAACUAUUGAAUCAAGACGAAAUGAGGCUGCUUCUAGACCAAAAUCUGAUCAUAUUCCAAAACGUGUGGGGUCAUUUAAGAGAAGCCCAUCACCCUUUGAUGACAGUGACAGUGGAAGUUACAAUUUCAACAGUGCACCAGCUUAUGCUACCAUUGAAGAAACAAGUAUGUAUUUCAUAAAACAGCAUGGUUCUAAUUACAGUAGAGUAUUAUGAUUAUGUUGAUUUAGAUUUGAAAAUAACCAUGUCACUGAAUGCUCAGAUCUUGUAUAAUGAACAUAAAAGCACAUGGCUUCUGUAUAUUAAGUUUGAGGUAUGGACAUAUAUCUG